AUGGAGGUGAUUCUGUCAACAGGGAGCCGCAUUUUCGUGGCCUUUGUCGCUACCGCCUUUUGGGGAAUGGGUGUUCGAGGACUUCAUAAUUUGGAGAUCAACGUACCAAAUGCUGUUCUAGUAGGAGAAACAGUGACCCUGGAAUGCACAUGGCAGUUAGAAGACGAAGAGACGUUAUAUAGUGUGAAAUGGUACCGGGGCAGAGAAGAGUUUUAUCGAUACAUACCAAAAGAACUACCGCAUACAAGAGUUUUUCCCUUACCGGGAAUUGAAGUUGAUAUAUCGCGGUCAGGAGCAAGGCGGGUCGUCCUGCAAGAGGCGACGCCGGCGAUGGCGGGUCGUUUCCGCUGUGAAGUGUCAGCGGACGCUCCUACCUUCCAUACGGAAAUACGCUCCGCACCGCUGGAUGUAGUCGAAUCUCCAGAAUGGGGUCCAAAGCUCGUCUCUGAUCGAUCUUGGUAUGGAGUAGGAUCGACUCUAAGAGCAACUUGUGCUUCUCCUCCUGCGCAUCCACCAGCAAAUCUUACCUUUGCACUUAAUGGACUAGAAAUCGAUAUGGAAUCGUUUGUGCACGAGUUACCGGAUUGGUUUAAAUGGGAUCCUCCGCCGAAAUCAGAAACGACCACGACUGAGCAGCCCGAAGACGAUAUCAAUUUCAACAUAUUCCAUGAUGAAAGUAAUAUUCAGUAUUUGGACGAGUCAUAUAUAAGUCUUCAUAAAGAGGAAAUCCGACGACCUCCAAAAGAGGAAACAAAGAUAGUAUUAGAAAGAUCGGGACCCGAUAACAGAUUGCCAUCUGUAGGCGAAGUUUUAUUUGUAGUUCGUAACGAAGCAUUUGUACGAGGCAGUCUGAGAUUGACCUGCAUAGCAAGUAUAUACAACCUGUAUGCGGCACGCUCCGAACUAAUUUUCGAUAUGGAGCAGCCAGAAGUUGCUUCGGUGUUGGGAGUCCGUAAUAGUGCUAUAGGUUCAUACGGAUUUUGGCGUUUUUUAUCUCUUAUAUCCUUACUUUUAUACAGUAUUCGGUAG